GUUCAACUCUGUCCUCGUCGUCGACCACCGUGUUCUCAUCCAAACAUGUAUUCUAGCACAUCGUUCUCGUCUACGACAAGCUAUGGCUCAGGCUCGGAGGGUCGUCAAGGCUACUCACACUCACACUCACACUCGCAUCCAGCGCACCAAGGAUUCACUGUGGCUGGGAUGCCCAACAUGAGCGGAUCGAGCACGUUGCAAAGUCCCGGCUUGCGCAGCGGUGCGCUGGGUAGCGGCUCUCUGGGACUCGGGAGUAGCGGCUCAUUUGGGAGUGUCUCCUCUCUGGGCGAGUCGAGAAGUCACUACCAGCCAGGAUACCUCAUGUCUGUUACGGAAGGAAAUGCCCUGCAACAAGGCGGUCAACGCCACGAUGAGGUCCCCAUCGUGUCCACAAAAGCCAAGCUGAGCCACUCGCUCGUCGGAGGUUCUGCUUCAGACUUCGGCAUGGACUCCAUGUUUGAAAGCUCAAGGCAUAGGCAUAGACAGCCACUCGCCGACGAGGACGCUCCUCCGACUGCUUCAGUUAAUGACAUCGUCAACGAAGUCUACCUAGACAAUGGCCCCUCAAGGCAGUCUCACCGCAGUCCGGUGUUUGACCCCUCAACGAGCCGUAAUGCGUUCCUUCGCUCAACUCAGCCCGCCACACCGAGGGGCAAUCAAACACCUCAAGCAGGCAGUACUGUACAGCCGCUUCAUCUCAUCGUCUUCGGGUACCCGCCAGACAAGUACAGCGUCACUGUCGAGUACAUCAAAUCCCUCGGCGACACGACUGAGCCUGAACAACACCCCGACAUCUCCAAUUGCUUUCGCAUUGGCUUCCUUAACCCGGCGCAAGCUAUGCGCGCUGUGCGCAAGAACGGAGAUGUUCUGAGCGGAAGCUGGAUGAUCGGGAUCAAGUGGGCCGACCCAGCACAGGCGGAGGCCAUUCUUGGACCAGCUCUCGGGCGUUCUGAGUUCGGUUCACCUGGUUCGCCUCCUAUCCCUUCCUCGAGCAACGACAUCAUCAUGUCCUCCGCCACGUCCAACAACAUCUUCCCGUCCGCGUCCUCCCGCAUGAGCGUCGACGAGCCCGGCUUCGGGGCGUCGACUCCUACCGUAGGCACGCCCAUCCGUCUGGCACCAUCUGCCUCGGCAUUCCGCAAGCCGGGCGCGGGAUCGCCUGUGAAGGCUAUCCAAGGUGUGCCCAGCAGUGUCGCGCCGAGUCCGAGCAAAGGCGUGUUAGAGCAGGUUGGGGAUCUGAUAUUUGGGUGGUAAUCACGUUCGUACUGUUGUUCUCGCUCAAGGUUCUUGUUUUCGGCAUUCUUGCAAUCAUGGACCAUGUGUGCUCUCUGACCCAUAGUUCUCUAUGGGUGCGUCGACGACUCGGACAGUGUCAUGAGAGUCUGUGUGAUAUCUUCAUGCUAAUAGUGGCAUACGUCUCACACUGUCAUCCCCGACUGACAUGACUCUGGUACAUACCACUGCGCAACAGCAGUCCACGUCCGGGAUCGGACUCAGCUGACUAGAUCAAGAUAAGGGAAAGACAGCUAUAUAGUCCACUGGUGCACCGGAUCAUGUCAGACUCAUCUGAGGCUCGCCCAGGAAGGAUUACCCCUG